CACAAAAUACUCUAUUUGCAAAAUUUGUUCCAUCGCUGGAGUGAGCAUCCCGUUUGUGAGUAGGUACAACAAGAUCCAAAAUGGUAAAAGCGAAGACGAGAGCGAGCACAAAGAAGGCAGCGGCGGCACAGGUUGUCAAAGUGCCCCCUAAAGCCCUCCCGGUCACUCUCCUAUCAGGCUUCCUGGGAAGUGGAAAAACCACCCUUCUUCAGCAUAUCCUGCGUAGCGAGCAUGGUCUCCGCAUCGCCGUCAUCGUGAACGAUAUUGGAGCCAUCAACGUCGACGCAUCUCUUAUCAAACAGACUCACCAUCUCACCCGUACAGAAGAGAAGGUCGUAGCGCUCCAGAAUGGCUGCAUCUGCUGCACGCUUCGUGGCGAUCUCCUCGAGGAACUCGUCCGUCUCGCCGAGCUGCAGUCUUUCGACUACAUCAUCAUCGAGAGCAGCGGCAUCAGCGAACCUGAGCAAGUCGCCGAGACAUUCGACGCUCGCCUCGCUGAAACGAUGAACGAGAUGGGCGAAGGACCAGAAGGUCUCGACGAGGCCAUGAUGAAAGUCCUUGAGCAACUCAAACAAGCCGGCGGCCUCGAGAAAUUCGCCCGCCUCGACACCACCGUCACCGUCAUCGACGCCUUCACAAUCUACCACGAUUUUGAGACCACAGACCUCCUCUCCAGCCGCCGCGACGACGUGGUGCCCGAAGACGAGCGCACCGUCUCCGACCUGCUCGUCGACCAGAUCGAAUUCGCCGACGUCAUCAUCCUCAACAAGACCGAUCUCGUGUCCCCGUCCACGCUGGAAUCCAUGCUCACGCUGAUCAGAAAGCUCAACCACCGCGCCAAGAUCAUCACCUCCAAGUACAGCAAAAUCGACGUCAAGGAGAUUGUCAACACCGGCAUGUUCAACCUCGAGCGCGCCCAGACCGGCUAUGGCUGGCUGCAGGACCUGCACGAGAUGACGCUGCGCGAAGUCAACGGCCGCAAGGCCAUAGCACCCAAGCCCGAGACGGAAGAGUACAACGUGCGCAACUUUGUCUACACACGCCGCCGGCCCUUCCACCCUCUGCGGCUGUUCCAACUGCUGCACGACAAGUUCAUCCUGCAGCUCGAGCACGGUGACGACGAAGAGGACGACGACGAGGCCAUGGACGAAGACGAAGAGGAAGAAGAAGACGAAGACGACGAAAUGGCCGACGCCGACGCUCACUCCUCGGACGCGUCGCCCGACGGCUCAGCUACAUCUGGCGACCCGGUCGAGUACCCCGAGGUGCCCGAAAACGACGUCGUGCUUGCGAACAAGAAGGCCCAUCCGUUGUUUGCGCGCCUGUUCCGCUCCAAGGGCGAGUUUCACCUUGCCACGCGGCACCACCGCGCCGGUGAGUGGUCGCAGGCAGGUGCCAUGCUCACCCUGUCUGGAGGCCGGCCAUGGUUCUGCACGAUCCCGUCCAGCGAGUACGUUACUGGCAACGCGGAGAUUGACGCGUUGGUCGAGCACGAUAUUGCUGCCGGUGGAGAAUGGGGCGACCGAAGACAGGAGAUCGUGUUCAUCGGAGAGGCGCUGAAUAUCAAGGGUAUUGAGGCAGUGCUAGACGAAUGUCUGUUGACGGACAAGGAGAUGUCGGUCUGGGAAUCGAUCAUGAGGGACAAGGGACUGACUGUAGAAGGGAAGAUGGAUGCGUUGGCAGAUGCUUUCGAUGACGGAUUUCCAGAGUGGCCGGAGGAGGAAGAGGAGGGCCAUGAAGGACAUGGACAUGGGCCUGGAGAGCAUGGCCUGAAGAGGCCGACUCAUCGUAUUACAAAGGAUGGCGUUGUGAGGUGAGAUGAAUGGCAC